GAACUGCCUGCCUGUUACAAAGUAUCUGAGACUCCUCCAGGCAUAAGAAUCUUGUUGCUCAGCCUCAACAUGCAUGUGGACGUUUUGGUGAAGUCAGUGGUCAUUUCCCUGGUUUUGGUAAUCCUGGUAUUUCUUCCUCAAAGCUUCUCACAUGCUUCAAGGCUUACAUCAGGUUCUUGCAAGCUUUCACGGGAAACAUCUGAAAAACAUUGCCAGUCUCAAAAUGGUUUGAUCUGCAGCGGUAGAGGACGGUGCGUUUGUGGAGUAUGCAUCUGCUCUGUUCAUGAACCAGACAAAUUCUAUGGACCUCGGUGUGAAUGUCAAAACUGGGUUUGUGAUAGCUACGAUGGCAUCAUCUGUGGAGGGCACGGAAACUGCAACUGUGGAAAGUGUAAGUGCGACAAAGGCUGGUUUGGGGAUGCCUGUCAAUACCCAAAGACUUGUGCCAUCCCAAAGAAAAAAAGCAAUGAGAUGUGUCAAGAUUUACAGGGUGUAAUAUGUUCCAACGCAGGCACAUGUCACUGUGGCAGGUGCAUUUGUGACAACUCUGAAGAUGCCAAACUGAUUUAUGGAAAGUUUUGUGAGUGUGAUGACCGCGAAUGCAUUGAUGAUGAAACUGGCGAGAUCUGUGGAGGCCAUGGAAAGUGUUACUGUGGUAACUGUUACUGUGCGCCUGGUUGGCAUGGAGAUAAAUGCGAAUUCCAGUGUGACAUUACCCCUCGGGAGAGCAAGAGAAGAUGCUCGUCUCCAGAUGGCAAGAUCUGCAGUAACAGAGGGAAUUGCAUUUGUGGCGAGUGCAUUUGCUACGAUCUGGAUCCUAGUGGGGAUUAUGGUGAUAUUCACGGACUAUUCUGUGAAUGUGAUGAGCGAAACUGCCUUUCACUAUACGACAGAUACGCUGAUGAAUUCUGUUCAGGUCAUGGGCAGUGCAACUGCGGAAAAUGUACCUGCAAAGUAGGAUGGACCGGCAAGAUGUGUGAGCACCCUGUAUCCUGCCCCUUGUCACUCAAAGGCAGUUUUAAAAAAUGUAAAGGAAAUUCUGACCUACCCUGUUCAGGAAGAGGAAAAUGCCAGUGUGGUCAGUGCACCUGCUUCCCACCAGGAGACACCAGAGUUUAUGGGAAAACCUGUGAAUGUGACAACCGGCAGUGUGAAGACAGCGAAGGAAACUUCUGUGGUGGUCAUGGCAUCUGCUCAUGUGAUAGAUGCAUCUGUGAGGAUGGUUGGUUUGGAAAACAUUGCCAACAUGUGCGGGUCUGCAACAUGACAACAGAGAUGAGCAGGAGUUUAUGUGAAUCGUUUGAAGGAACAACCUGCUCAGAGAAAGGCUCUUGUCACUGUGGCAAGUGUAUCUGUGGUUCUCCUCAGCAGUGGUACAUUUCGGGUGAAUUCUGCGAAUGUGAUGAUAGGGAAUGUGACAAGCAUGAAGGCCUCAUCUGCACAGAGAAUGGGGUGUGCAACUGUGGAAACUGUGACUGUUGGGACGGAUGGACUGGAAGUGCCUGUGAAAUCUGGAUUGGAUUGGAAGGCUUCUGAAGGGCCAACGAUAAUCGGAAAACUCUGAACAUGGCAUUUUUUUCUGCAUUGAUUGAUAGUCUAAUGAAAAGCAACAUUCUGAAGAACAGUAAUAAACCCAGGUCUUCUCUCCUCUUCAUGUUUGCUGCUUGUCUUGCCCCGCAGAACGCUGGACGUUUCAUCUUCAGCACACCACAUAUACAAUAAAUGGCAAAAUGACCUUUAUUCAAAAUUGACUAUGUUAUUAGCAUGGGAGUUUGACGAAAGCCCUUGUUGUUUUGCUCUUAUUUA